AUGCCCCAGUGUCUGGUAACUCAGUCACCCUUUCAAGGGAGUUACAAUCCUUCGUCAGGAUAUUGGGUGGAACAGAGGGACUCCAAUGGUACCCACGUGGCUCAGAAAAAGACACCCAGCUUCCGGCAGCCAAUGGCACAUCAAGUUAGAAACUACCCCUGCAGAACCCCAAAAGAAUGGGACGCAGCAGACCCUGAGGGCAGAGGUGCAGUCCGUGGAAGUGAAGAAGACCGGGGAGAAACAGCCGCUACAGGGUUUCCCCGGGGCCCCAGGUCACAGGCAGACACCAGCCUGGCCAAGAGCAACCUCUACGGCCCGGGGCCCCUGAGUCCAGAGUCACGGUGUUCGCUUCCCCUCGGGAUGAAGUGGAGUAAGGCCGGAGAGACCAGUUACUGGUUUAGUGACUUACUCGAUACACUGCCUAUUUGCCAAGCACAACCUCUGUCUGGCAAAUGGGGAACUGCGCGGCCUCAGUGCCAGGCCAAGAGAGUCCCUAUUCAGGACUGUUGGAAUGAGGUGCCUGUAGGGGUUACGGAUGCCGCAGACGGACGGACAGACCGACAGACAGCAUUGGACAGGGAGGGAGCAGAGAAGGCCCAAGGGGUAAUGGGCAUCAUUUUCUACUCCGCAUUCCGUUCAUUGCCAAAGACGUCCAGCACAGUAGAAGGUUUGAUUCCUGCUCCCUGCUCACAGCCUGCUGUUCAUGGUGCAAAGGGACUGUCCUUGGUGAAUGUGACUCUACUCAAGGUGGUUCAGGAGGUGGCUGCCUUACAUCUGUAUUUCAAUGCACACGUCUUACAAUCCGGACAGUCUUCGUCCGUCUUGGUACUGCCGCUGCCGCCGGAGAAAGGAAUGCUCUCCUCAUCUUCUCCUCCCUCAGGGCGGCUGGAGAAGGUCUUCCAGUACAUAGACCUCCACCAGGAUGAGUUCGUGCAGACCCUGAAGGAAUGGGUGGCCAUUGAGAGCGACUCUGUACAGCCCGUGCCUCGCCUCAGACAGGAGGUCUUCAGGAUGAUGGCCUUGGCUGCAGACAAGCUCCGGCACCUGGGAGCUGUGGUGCAUUCUGUGGACUUGGGUUCUCAACAGAUCCCUGAUGGUCACAGUCUUCCCAUACCUCCCAUCGUAUUGGCUGAGCUGGGGAAUGAUCCCAAGAAGCCCACCGUGUGCUUCUAUGGGCACCUGGAUGUGCAGCCAGCUCAGAAGGAUGAUGGGUGGCUCACGGACCCCUACACGCUCACAGAGGUGGAUGGAAAACUUUAUGGACGGGGUGCAACAGACAACAAAGGCCCUGUCUUGGCUUGGAUUAAUGCUGUGGGUUCCUUCAGAGCUCUGGAGCAGGAUCUUCCCGUGAACAUCAAGUUCAUCCUGGAAGGGAUGGAGGAGGCUGGAUCUGUUGCCCUGGAGGAGCUGGUCAAAAGAGAAAAGGACCACUUCUUCUCCAGUGUGAACUACAUAGUGAUUUCAGACAAUCUGUGGAUCAGUCAGAAGAAGCCGGCACUCACUUAUGGAACCCGCGGGAACUGCUACUUCAUGGUGGAGGUAAAGUGUAGAGAUCAAGAUUUCCAUUCUGGGACCUUUGGUGGCAUCCUCAAUGAACCAAUGGCUGAUUUGGUUGCUCUUCUAGGUAGUCUGGUGGAUGCAUCAGGCCACAUCCUGAUUCCUGGAAUCUAUGAUCAAAUGGCUCCUCUUACAGAGGAGGAAAAGGAAAUGUAUAAAAAUAUUGAUCUGAAUCUGGAAGAGUACCAGAAGAGCAGCCAAGUUGAGAAAUUUCUCUUUGAUACCAAGGAGGAACUCCUGAUGCACCUAUGGAGGUAUCCAUCUCUCUCCAUCCACGGCAUCGAGGGUGCGUUUGAUGAGCCUGGAACUAAAACAGUCAUCCCUGGCCGAGUCAUAGGAAAAUUUUCCAUCCGCCUGGUCCCUCACAUGAAUCUGUCUGUGGUGGAAAAACAGGUGAGGCAACAUCUGGAAGCUGUGUUCGACAAAAGAAACAGUUUCAACAAGAUGGCUGUCUCUAUGGUACUAGGACUCCAUCCAUGGUCUGCUAACAUCAACGAUACUCAGUAUCUUGCAGCAAAAAGGGCCAUCAAAACAGUGUUUGGAGUAGAUCCUGACAUGAUCCAGGAUGGGUCAACCAUUCCAAUUGCUAAGUUAUUCCAAACUAUUACACAAAAGAGUGUAAUGAUGCUCCCGUUGGGAGCUGUGGAUGAUGGAGAACACUCUCAGAAUGAGAAGAUUAACAGGUGGAACUACAUACAGGGGUCCAAAUUAUUUGCUGCCUUUUUCCUGGAGUUGUCAAAGCAGCCCUUGUGACAACAGGUGCCUUCCAGUGUCUUCUGA